AUGCCACUGGAUGAAGUACUAGUUACAUGCUAUUACACUUAUUUGGCAUCGGGUGCCGACUUAGGCUUAUGUGACUUUCGAGGGCGUCACGCUCUCCACUUGGCCGCAACAUGUGGCCAGGUGAGCACUCUAGCACGGGUUUUUGACGGCAUUCAGUUGAAACUCCAACUGCAACUUCAGCAGCAGCACCGCUACCACCAACGAAUGCCUCGUUUGCCAAAUGAAUCUGCUAGUCCAGCUUUUUUUCCUCAGUCGUCAGCUUGCCUUGUCAUUGAUACGCCGACUUCAAAUAUCACGAGCCUGGUGGGCACGGCAGCAACCAUUUCCACAUCUGUUUCUACCAUGGCUACCUUUAAUGGCCUCCUAAGAAGCGAUUUUAGCCCGUUUACACCUGUCAUCACGACCAGUAAGAGAGAUUUCCCCAUCAACCAUCCAACCUCCUCUGAUGUAUUCUCAUCAAAUCAUCAGCGACAUCCUGGAUUCCCAAUGUCUAUUUCUCAUGAAGAACAGCUAGACUGUUUGCAUCCACUUGAUGCUCGUGGAUUUGGUCCACUUCAUUUCGCUUCUUACGCUGGACACACGGCCUGUGCCGAGUACCUUCUCAGCCAGCCUUCUUAUCAAUUUUCUCGAGUAAGUUGGAUUUUUUUCAUUUUUGUCUGUCCCAUUCGGCAUUGUAUGCUUGGGUGUCCUUUAGAUGAUAUUUUUUACUUAUGCAAAAUAUGCCCAAAUAAGAGCCUGAGUCACUUGCUUAAGGUGAUUUAA